GCAUACCUUUAAAACAUCAGGCGAUCUGGAUGGAUGAAUAUUGAACAUCGGGAUGCUGAACAUAUUUCCCCCGAGACAACCAGUCACGCGUAAAUGUUUACGAAGUUGUCAAGGUGUUAAGUCAACUAAUAUCGAAUACAGUAUAUAAUACACCAGUCGUUUUCACGCCUGUUGUUUUGUGCGAGUGAAAGUAUCGGGGUGUGGAAUAUUGAGUUGGUGAAAUAUUGAAAAUAUAACAAAAUGAGAGAAAUUGUACAUCUUCAGGCCGGACAAUGUGGCAACCAGAUUGGUGCAAAGUUCUGGGAAGUUAUCUCAGAUGAGCAUGGAAUUGACCCCACGGGUACAUACCACGGGGAUUCUGACCUUCAACUUGAGAGAAUCAAUGUCUACUAUAACGAAGCUACCGGUGGUAAAUAUGUACCACGUGCAAUUCUUGUUGACCUUGAGCCCGGAACCAUGGACUCCGUGAGGUCUGGACCAUUUGGUCAGAUCUUCAGACCAGACAACUUUGUCUUCGGACAGAGUGGAGCUGGAAACAACUGGGCCAAAGGUCACUACACAGAGGGAGCUGAGCUGGUUGACUCAGUCAUGGAUGUUGUAAGAAAAGAAUCAGAAAGCUGUGAUUGCCUCCAGGGAUUCCAACUCACACACUCCCUUGGUGGUGGGACCGGAUCCGGACUUGGUACUCUGACCAUCAGUAAAAUCCGGGAGGAAUACCCUGACAGAAUCAUGAACACUUUUUCUGUUGUUCCAUCACCUAAGGUUUCAGAUACAGUUGUAGAACCUUACAAUGCCACGCUAUCAGUCCACCAACUUGUUGAAAACGCUGAUGAAUGUUACUGUAUUGAUAACGAGGCUCUGUAUGAUAUCUGCUUUAGGACACUCAAGUUGACCACUCCUACAUACGGUGACUUGAACCACCUUGUGUCUGCUACAAUGUCUGGAAUCACCACGUGUCUCCGAUUUCCAGGUCAGUUGAAUGCUGACCUUCGUAAAUUGGCCGUCAACAUGGUUCCCUUUCCGCGUCUUCACUUCUUUAUGCCAGGUUUCUCACCACUUACAUCACGUGGUAGUCAACAAUACAGGGCACUCACUGUACCUGAACUUACUCAACAAAUGUUUGAUGCCAAGAACAUGAUGGCCGCUUGUGACCCACGUCAUGGACGUUACUUGACAGUUGCUGCCAUUUUCAGGGGGCGUAUGUCCAUGAAGGAGGUCGAUGAACAGAUGCUAAACGUCCAAAAUAAGAACAGUAGCUACUUUGUGGAAUGGAUUCCUAAUAACGUUAAGGUAGCUGUGUGCGAUAUCCCACCACGUGGUCUCAAAAUGGCCGCCACCUUCAUUGGCAACAGCACUGCCAUCCAAGAAUUGUUCAAGCGUAUCUCUGAACAGUUCACUGCUAUGUUCCGUCGUAAGGCUUUCUUACAUUGGUAUACCGGUGAGGGUAUGGACGAGAUGGAGUUUACCGAGGCAGAAUCUAACAUGAACGACUUGGUCUCUGAAUACCAGCAGUACCAAGAUGCCACAGCGGAAGAAGAGGGCGAGUUUGAUGAGGAGGAGGAAGACGAAGAAGAAGAAGCUUAAAUUUUAUUACAGAUAAUAGAUAUUCUACUAGAAAAUUCAUAUAACUAUAUGUACUUCUUAAUUUUGAAAGGUUUAAAAAAUUGACUAAAGACAUGUCUAUACUAAUUGAAUGACUGUUAUCUUAGUAUUUUUUGUAUUCUUAACAUAUAUUAUUUCUCCAUUUGAUUUUUUCGUAGCAAAAUACAUGCAUAAAUAACAAACAUUCGAAAUGAUAGCCUAACUCCAGAGAGAAGGGUUAAAUUUAUAGCAGUGUAGUUUGUAGAGAAACUUUGGCAACACAUAUCGACAAUAAGUUGUUUUCUUUAAAUCGCCACCAAUAAUUAGAGUUCUUCAGGUAGCCUAGUUUCCGCGUCAUUCUGUCUUAGUUUCCGUGCCAAUCUGUCUUAGUUUCCGUGCCAAUCUGUCUUAGUUUCCGU